AUGUCUGCCCUGAAUCUCUCAGCACAACCAUUCAUCCCGCGACGAAGACAAGCACAAAACUCAAACGGAACGGCGGGAAGUUACGAGAAGUCUGCUGAUGGGACUACACGAUCGACCGUGACAAAUAUCUCUUCGCGCAACAAUUCCGUGGGACAACCACAAUUCAACUCGACACCGACGCAAGCAACUCCACAACAAGCGCAACAGGCCUUGUAUAAGAAGCUUUUGUAUUGGGAACCCAAAGACGCGAACGGGAGUGUGUUGGAUGAGGCGUAUUGCAUUGAAUGCAUUCCAUCGGACUUCUGGCAGAAGCCGGGCGACUUGUCGGACACCGUCAAGUCCUUUGAAAAGUACUUCAACACGACUUUAGAAUAA